AUGGAGUCUGCACAAUAUCCCCGGGAUAGUAGACGAAAUCUUGCUAUAUUCGCCAUUUCCUUUGCCUUGAUUCUCUCCACGACAGCGGUUGGGCUGCGACUUCUGUCGAGAAAGAUUACAAAGAGUCGGAUGUAUUUAGAUGACCACUUGAUAAUACUGGCUCUUAUUUUCAAAUACGGCUGCUCCUUCGGUGCCGUUGGCAUGCUGUAUAAUGGCCUUGGGACUCAUAUAUGGCUUGUGCCAGCAGAAAGGCUCACUACCUAUCUGGAGAUUGUGUAUGCGGGCUCAUUUCUUUACACUGGCUGCAUCACCUUUAUCAAGCUUUCAAUUCUCAGCUUUUACAAGCGCCUAUUCCCAGUUAAACCCAUGGUAAUAGCGGUAAACCUAGUUGGGUCUCUGGUGAUUUUGUGGUGUUUCAGUGUCUGUCUUGUUGGUGGCCUGGUGUGCAUACCGGUAGACAAGCUGUGGAAUCCAGCUAUCGUCGGAGGCUGUCUUGAUCUUGCGAAAUUCUACUAUGGCUUGCAAAUUCCUAAUAUCGCUACAGACGCUAUCAUCCUCGUGAUGCCCAUGAAAAUUGUAUGGGGUUUGCAGAUGGCGAAAGCCCAAAAAGUUAUCCUGUGCGGUAUCUUUAUGGUCGGUGCCCUGACUUUAAUUUUCGAUAUGAUACGAUUGGCCGUAAUGAUUCGGCUGUCUCAGGAAGGGGACGAUGUGACAUAUAACCAAACCCCGGCUAGCGCUUGGACUUGCAUUGAAGCAGCAGUAGGAAUUAUGGCGGCGUGUCUUCCUAGCCUCCGGCCGCUUUUAACAACAUUCAAUAAGCAUGUCUGGUACAAACUCAGCACGCGCAAAACCAGUUCUAACAAGGGGGAGAGCGGCGAAUCUGGUAAAAGCCUGGAAUCCCCGUGCCGGAACUCUGUUGCAUGA